AUGUGGGGCUACAGAGUAAUUGUGCCCAGGAAGCUGCAGCGCCACCUGUUAGAGGAACUACACAGCAGUCACCUGGGUAUUGUCAAAAUGAAAUCAAUAGUCAGAGCUUAUUUUUGGUGGCCGAAUUUGGACAAGGACAUUGAGAACAUAGCUCGUAGCUGCAUUCCAUGCAAUAAAGUCGCAAGGGAACCUCAGAAAGCGAUCCCAAUUCCGUGGAAUAGACCAACGCGUCCGUGGCAAAGAGUGCACAUCGAUUUCUUUGGACCAAUUAAUAACAGCCACUACCUCAUUAUGUUGGAUGCUUAUAGUAAAUGGCCUGAAAUUUUUAAAAUGAACUCAAUCACGUCCGCUGCAACAAUUAGCAAAAUCAGGGAAACAUGUGCAAGAUGGGGGGGAAUUCCAGAGACUUUGGUAUCAGACAACGGUACACAGCUUACAUCAGAGGAGUUUUCAGUUUUCUUAAAAAGAAAUGGAAUAAGGCACGUUACCGGACCGCCGUACAACCAGAGACAAAUGGAGCAGCAGAAAAUGCAGUAUUUAUUCUGGUAUAGAAAUUCUACGCACUGUCAAACGAAUGAAGCGCCAGCGAAAUUGAUGCUGGGUAGACAUCUCCACACGACGCUCAACUUAAUGAGACCUGACACAAACCGAGACACAGAAAGGCAAUUUAACCAUAAAGGUCGAGAUUCUCCAACGUUUGAGAAGGGAAAUGGACAAAAAUGGAGGAGACACGUUGACCAAAUGAGAAAAAGAAUUGUACAGCCAGCGAAUACAAACCAAGAAGUACCACAAAGGAAGAUGCCUGGGGAACCAACAAUGCCAUCAGCCACACCGCCACCACUAGAACAAACACCAUCUCUCGAACCGCAACCCAACCCUAUUCCAGUUAUUCCGUGCAAAUUACGUAAGAGGUAUAUGGACGGUAGUUUCCAGUUCUGUGCAAAGUUCUUUUAUCAAUUUUUACAAUUCAUGCCUAUAAAAAUGGUCAGUACGUUCAUUAAUGCAUUGGUUGCUGCUAAAACGGUUUCACAAAUUUCAAGAUAUUCGAGUCUGCAGGUGCAAAAGUAA